UCGACUCCAACGCUUGCUCAAACAAUGGUCAUUAAGAUAUACUAUAAGAACAAUAACCCUGUACUCUCUCUUUUCUCUGUAGGAUGGUGGGCUGUACUCCGUUUGUGGUGGUCUCCUACUUCUACCUGUGGUUCGUUCCUCCCUUCACCAACGGACGAUUCAUCUGGUACCUGGGUUUCUACUGUCUCUACCAGACACUCAUCACUUGUUUCCAUGUGCCUUACUCUGCCCUCACCAUGUUCCUCAGUACGGACCAGAAGGAGAGAGACUCGGCCACAGCCUACCGUAUGACCAUGGAGGUGCUGGGUACUCUAGUUGGCGCUGCCAUCCAGGGUCAGAUCGUGGCGAGCGCACACACCCUGAAAAACUGCCCCCAGCACAACAUGUCUGCCAGUCACCUAGGCAACGGCAGUGGGGCCGAGAUCGUCAAGAGAAUCGUUCACUCCCAGGACUUCCUGUCACAUGCUAAGGAGAUGUAUAUGAUCGCUGCUGGUGUGAUUGGAGGAGUGUUUCUCAUCUGCACUGUGGUCAUGUUCCUGGGAGUCAAAGAGAGAGACGAUCCGUACAUUUCGAAGACGGAGAAGCAGAUCCCGUUCCACAAGGGCUUCAUCCUGGUGAUGCGACACGGUCCCUACCUCACUCUGACUGCUGCAUUCCUCUUCAUCUCCGUUGCCAUUCAGUUGGUGCAAAGCAACUUUGUCCUGUUCUGUACGCAUGCAGUGGACCUGAGAGACCACUUCCAGAACAUUGUGCUGACCAUCCUGGUAUCUGCAGUAGUGAGCAUCCCUUUGUGGCAGUGGUUUCUGGAGCGGUUCGGCAAGAAGAAGGCAGCCUUCUGUGGAAUCACGUGGAUCAUGCCGUUCACAGUGAUGCUGGUGUUCAUUCCUAACCUGGUCGUAGCCUACGUAGUGGCUGUCUCUUCUGGACUCAGUGUGGCUGCAUCACUCCUCCUACCAUGGUCGAUGCUACCAGAUGUGGUGGAUGACUUCCGUCUGGCCAACCCCUACUGUAAAGGCUAUGAGGCCAUCUUCUACUCCUUCUACGUGUUCUUCACCAAGUUUGCUGCUGGGAUCUCUCUCGGAGUGUCUACCCUCUGCCUCGAGUUUGCGGGUUAUGACACGGGAGCAUGCAGGCAGCCUGCUCAAGUAGCCUACACUCUGAAACUGCUCAUAGGCGCUGCCCCGGUGGCCUUCAUCAUAACAGGCCUGUUGAUACUGCUGCUCUACCCCAUCAGUGAGGACGUCCGGCUCAGGAACAAACUCUGUCUGGAGGAGCUACGGAAACAAAGCAGCAUCAGCUCCAGAACGCUGGAGGAUCUGAGCAAUCCAUGACCUGGGAUGGAAUGGACAGGAGAGGUAUCACAUGCGGCGGAUUCCAGUUCCCCAACCGGAAUAUGACUUCUAUUAGUGUAUAUUACACUGAGAAAUAAUCACAUGAUAGUUAUGCUUUCAUGUAAACAUUUUAAGUUUGUUUCUGUAUUUUCACAUGAACCUGUAAAGUAUAGCCAUCUUGAAUAUACCUACAAGAUAACCUUAUUUAUAUAAAUUAAUGUAUAUCACUAUUUGCUGUGUUUAGCGGACAUUGCUGGUAUUUAUGAAUGGUAUCUGAGUAUUAUAAUGUUUCGGGCUUAAUAAAUACUGUUGACUUUG